AUGGCCCCGAAGAAGAAGGCUGCCGCCGCAAAGGAGGUGGAGGCUGAGGAGUGCGCCACGGUGGAGGCCACAACCACCACGCCACCGAUGUCUCCGCCAAAUGAGGCGUCGCGCCCUGGCGGCAGCGCGGCGGAGUUGUACGCGACACUUCAAGCUGCCGUUGCGGAAGAUCCUGCGAAAGUGAAUGAUUUUGUGCGGGAACUACUUCAGGCGCUGAGCGACGCGGAAAGCCCGGACGCGCCGCUGCUGGUCCGUGUGCGUACCCUAGAGUUUAUUAGCCACUACGGGCAGCACCUGAGAGACGGCAAUGCCCUUAAAAAGAUUGUAACCUCUCUCGUUAAAAUCCUGAGUGGGCCAGAGGACACGCCGCAACUUCUCGUCGCCGCUGUGCAGGGGCUCUCGUCGCUAGGCCCGGUCUCGGUGCUGGACAAGAAGUGGGAGUAUUUGUCCCGUGAGGGGGCGGAUGUGCUGAUGCAGGUCAUGCUGGACGAGGAAGGAUUUGCGGAGGCCGUGCGACAAGCUGCCUCCAAGGCGUUGGACUCCCUUAUCCACACUGCCUUCCGUCCUGUCGUGACGAAGCUGCUGCACUGGAUAAGCGACAAUCGUGAGACAGAGAGUGAAGAGCAACUGAAGAAGGAGCGACGCAUGGCCAUGGCGCGGCUAAGGAAGGUGGCACACGCAUCCUCCCUGCACUCGCAGUGGACGGAGGAGGUGCAGGAGCAUGUUCUGAGUCUCCUUGUCCGUGUGCUCUCAACAGUCACUGUGCAGGAAUUUGUCCAACUCACGAGCAUCGCCGCCGCAUUGCCGAUGGUGCAAGCAGAGGCGGGUGUGCCUCUUCUUAAGGCCUUUUUGGCGCAAAAUACGCUUAACACAGAUCGUGCUUUGGAAUCGCUAAGUAUUAUUGGACAGUGUGUCGGUGUCACUCCCUACGACCUCGUGCCCGUCCUCGAGGAGGCGGGGUUGCUGACGACGCCUGUCGAGGUCAAUACUGCGCGAGGUAUGUGGCACGCAAAGGUGCUGUUGCUGGCAGCUCGGCUUGCCACGCCCGACAACAUCGACAAGGUCUACAACGCGGUGCUGGGACAGCUGGACCACGUCAUGCAAGACGGUGCUGCGCUGCCGGAGAACGUGACAACCCUCGAGGUACUCCUCUUUGCCGUCAUGGCAGUGGGACAUAAAAAACCCGUGGAGAUGCUGAAGCAUUUGAAUGAUGAUGCGUUUGCCGCGAAGUGCAACGGCCUGACGGAACUCGUCACUAGGCUGGAACCACUUUUGGUAUAUGCAGUCAAGAAGCGUAUGCAGAGGUCGGUGGCGGGACAAAAGGAGGCCGAGGUGCUUGCCUGUUGCCACAACGUGCGGACCAUCCUAAGCGCCUUCUCCGGCAAACACAUGCCGAUGGGCGCCUUCACAGAGAGUUGGCUUCACAAGAACAAGUUGCCCACCCUCAAACGCGGACGUGAGCCGGAGGCAGCGGCAAAAACCACGGCCGCCACGGCUGUACCCGGCGCCGGACAGUUGGGCGUGCUGCCACCUCUCCCUGGCACGGAGGAACACGCAAGGAAGAGGUCCCGUGGCCAAGCCUACGGGUAUAACAAGAACAGGGGCGGCAAGAAUGGUAACGACCGGUUUCAGCGACGACGACGUGGCGGACAUUAA